AGGCCGUAUUUGACCUUGACGUGGGCGCAGUCGCUGGAUGCGAAGAUCGCGGGGCCAAGAGGCGCGAGGGUGAUUUUGAGCGGGAAGGAAAGUAUGGAGAUGACGCAUUGGAUGCGGGCAAUGCACCACGGGAUCGUCAUUGGCGUCAACACCUUGCUACUCGACAACCCCCGUCUACAAGUCAAUCUCCUCCCUCCCGCCCUCAACCUCAGUCCUCCCGCCAUCUUCAUCCUAGACCCCAACCUCCGCACCCCAACAUCCGCCCGGAUAUUGACCGAAUGGACGACGCAUAUGCACAUCCCGGGUCAAACUACCGCUGCUCGACCGACGAUCCUGUGUGGGGCGCACAUGGUCUGGACCGCACGGUAUAGAGAGCUGGAAGCUGCAGGGGCGGCAAUCUUUGGGAUGCAACUGGACAAGAACGGACACAUCCCACCCCAGGGGCUAGUCAGUAUCUUUACUUCCCUCGGUAUCCGCUCCGCCAUGAUUGAGGGCGGAUCCCGCGUCAUCUCGUCCUUCCUCCACGCGCCGAAGAGGGAAGACGGAUCGGCGAUGAUUGACAGUGUUGUCGUCACUGUCGCGCCUAUGUUUAUCGGUGACGGCGUC